GCCGCCCUGCCCCGCCGUGACCCCCGGCCGCCUCCGGAGCCCGACGUGGAGGGCAUAGACUUCUCUUGUCUUGGUCGGAUGCACAAAAUCCGGGUGCAGUGCUUUCUGCCCGUUGCCUAGACGAUCACUUGGUUUCUCUGAGGAUGUCUGGUUCUCGUAAAGAGUUUGAUGUGAAGCAGAUUUUGAAAAUCAGAUGGAGGUGGUUUAGCCAUCAAGCAUCAUCUCAUUCUACAGUUGACAGCCAGCAGGGAGAAUUUUGGAAUCGAGGACAGACUGGCGCAAACGGUGGGAGAAAGUUUUUAGAUCCAUGUAGCCUCCAGUUGCCUUUGGCUUCAAUUGGUUACCGAAGGUCCAGCCAACUGGAUUUUCAGAAUUCACCUUCUUGGCCAAUGGCAUCCACCUCUGAAGUCCCUGCGUUUGAGUUCACAGCAGAAGAUUGUGGCGGUGCCCAUUGGCUGGAUAGACCAGAAGUGGAUGAUGGCACUAGUGAAGAAGAAAAUGAAUCUGAUUCCAGUUCGUGCAGAACAUGGAAUUCUGAACUAUGGUGUUGGAAUAAUAAUAAAUAUAGACCAGUCGUCUAUAAUCAUUUGUAUAACGGAGAGAGGGGCAUAUCUUUACAUAGGACUUCCAACAGUAGUCAGACGUUAUCGUCCUGCCAUACUAUGGAGCCAUGCUCAUCAGAUGAAUUUUUCCAAGCCCUUAAUCAUGCUGAGCAAACAUUUAAAAAGAUGGAAAACUAUUUGAGACAUAAACAGUUGUGUGAUGUAAUUCUAAUUGCUGGUGAUCGCAGAAUUCCAGCUCAUAGAUUGGUGCUCUCCUCUGUCUCAGAUUAUUUUGCUGCCAUGUUUACUAAUGAUGUCAGGGAAGCAAGACAAGAAGAAAUAAAAAUGGAAGGUGUUGAACCGAAUUCCCUAUGGUCCUUGAUUCAGUAUGCAUAUACAGGCCGCCUUGAAUUAAAAGAAGAUAAUAUUGAGUGCCUGCUGUCUACAGCUUGCCUCCUUCAGCUUUCACAGGUUGUGGAAGCUUGCUGUAAGUUUUUAAUGAAGCAGCUUCACCCAUCCAACUGUCUUGGAAUCCGUUCUUUUGCUGAUGCCCAGGGUUGUACAGAUUUGCAUAAAGUGGCUCACAAUUACACCAUGGAACAUUUCAUGGAAGUAAUUCGAAACCAGGAAUUUGUAUUAUUACCAGCCAGUGAAAUUGCAAAGCUCUUGGCGAGUGAUGACAUGAACAUUCCUAACGAGGAGACAAUACUGAAUGCUCUUCUUACUUGGGUCCGUCAUGAUUUGGAACAGAGACGGAAAGAUCUCAGUAAACUUUUGGCUUAUAUUAGGCUACCUCUUCUCGCGCCGCAGUUCCUGGCAGACAUGGAAAAUAAUGCACUUUUUCGGGAUGAUAUAGAAUGUCAGAAACUUAUUAUGGAAGCAAUGAAAUACCAUUUAUUACCAGAGAGACGACCCAUGUUACAAAGCCCUCGGACAAAACCUAGAAAGUCAACAGUUGGAACAUUAUUUGCAGUUGGAGGAAUGGAUUCAACAAAAGGAGCAACAAGCAUUGAGAAGUAUGAUCUUCGUACAAAUAUGUGGACUCCUGUAGCAAAUAUGAAUGGGAGGAGACUACAGUUUGGUGUUGCUGUGUUAGAUGACAAACUGUACGUGGUUGGAGGAAGAGAUGGACUGAAGACUUUGAACACUGUGGAAUGCUACAAUCCCAAAACAAAAACGUGGAGUGUGAUGCCUCCUAUGUCCACCCACAGGCAUGGCCUUGGUGUGGCUGUAUUGGAAGGUCCCAUGUAUGCCGUAGGCGGACAUGAUGGCUGGAGCUAUCUGAACACAGUGGAAAGAUGGGACCCUCAGGCUCGUCAGUGGAAUUUUGUUGCCACUAUGUCCACCCCCAGGAGCACAGUAGGUGUGGCAGUACUAAGUGGAAAACUUUAUGCAGUUGGUGGUCGUGAUGGAAGUUCUUGCCUCAAAUCAGUAGAAUGUUUUGAUCCUCACACUAAUAAAUGGACACUCUGUGCACAAAUGUCAAAAAGGAGAGGGGGAGUCGGAGUAACUACGUGGAAUGGAUUGCUGUAUGCGAUUGGAGGACACGAUGCCCCUGCAUCCAACUUGACUUCCAGGCUCUCAGACUGUGUGGAAAGAUAUGAUCCCAAAACAGAUAUGUGGACUGCAGUGGCAUCUAUGAGCAUCAGCAGAGAUGCAGUGGGAGUCUGUUUACUUGGUGAUAAAUUAUAUGCUGUUGGAGGGUAUGAUGGACAGACUUAUCUUAAUACAGUGGAGGCUUAUGAUCCCCAGACAAAUGAGUGGACCCAGGUUGCUCCACUAUGCCUAGGAAGAGCUGGGGCUUGCGUGGUAACUGUCAAACUAUAAUACAGUGCUUUGUUUUCUAAAUGAAGAUAUCGUCUUCCUCACGAAUUUACUAAAAUUAUUCUCCUACCAAGGGAUACAUUUUUAGCCAAUUUGCAAUGCCACAUUCCUGGGCACAGAGUGCCCAAUCUGAAAGCGAAGACGGUCAAAUAAGGUAGCAACGAGGGGAAGACCCGGGAUUGAAUCCUGCAUUUCUCCGUUAAGUCAUUUCUCAGUAAAUCAAAACUACAGCUGGGGGACUGACACCACGUGUGAGGACAAAUCCGCCGCUCUCAAACAGAAGCCUGUGCAGGCUGGGGAUGUCAUUUAUUAAUAAUCCAUCACAUUUUACUAACAUUACCCAGAUUUCUUUUACUACAGUGCACACAAGCUUUGCGCAGUGGCAGUAUCGUAGCCAAUGAAGUUUAUCUGAGGCGCGAUUAUUGCUAAUACUAAAGUGCACAUACACAAGAGAACACUUUGAAUGUUUGCUUUGUAACUUUAUCAUACGUUGGUUGCAGUAAUUUUUAUCCAUUUGUUUAACCACAACUGCUGCUUUCAUGACAUACUAAACACUAUGCUCAUCUUCAGUUUUUUUCAGAAACAGCUGCAUUAUAUAGGCUUUGACUUGUGGACUUUUACUUCUCAAUUGGCUUAGUCUCAUGAAUAAAGAAAAACGAGAGUCAAAACAAUAAUGACCAAAUGCAAAUGAAAUGAUCUUUGGGUUCUUUUAAAAUAGUCUUCCUGGUAAAUAAAUAAAUAAAUAAAUAAAUAAAAUAGUCUUCCUGGUAUUGUUAGAUUCACUAACAAUACAGGCUAUGAUAUCCUCAAAUUGGAACUGAAAGAUGGUAUUUUGCAGUAAAUUGAAGAGAGGCACAUUUAUGUCAAGGAAAGAAAUGUCAUAUACCCUAACAUGUUCUUUCACCUAAGUAAUAAUUAUAUGGAUUUGUUUUCUUUUAUAUUAUGAAAGAUGUUUUGAUUUUUGUCUUUUGAUAUUGACAAAACUGUUUGGAUAUUCUUACGUCCUCAAGUCUGGAUUUGCCUCCUUUGCUUUGUUUCUCACAUUUUGCUGCAGUUAGCAACCCUUCGUGUUUCUUUGUAAUCAAACAGUUUGAGGGGAAUGGGCUUAUUGAAUGUCUGAAAAAUAAGUUUAAGGUGUUUAUUACCCAAAGUUUUGUACAUUUGUAAACUCCAAUUACACAUGUGAAUGUUAAUACUCUCAGCGAAUUGUUUGUUGUCUGCAAAAAUGCACUGGGCAGCAACAUUUUAUGAUAAAUCCUUUAAGAUAUAAAAGUCAUUAACUUAUGUCUUAAUAUAAAAAUGAGUAUAAACUAAAUUCCCAUCUUUUAAAAUACAA